AUGUCUGAAACCAAGCAGAAUCAUCUUAUUGCCUUAACUUCUUCUUCUUCUUCGACAGAAGCAAAGGUAACCAUUCCUCCAAAAUCAAAAUUUAAAUGGAGAGUUGUUGAUGAUCAUUCCCCGAAAGAAAUCUAUAAUUUCACCUUAUAUUUCUCGGUAGUUAUCUUUGGUUUAUUCUGUGGGUUAUCAAGAGGUUUGGAUGAAGGUCAAUCUAUUAAUUUAUAUCAACCUUCUUUCAGAAAUUUAUUUGGUUUAAAUGAUCCUAAUAAAACUGAACAUGAGAUUGCUGAUUUAAAAUCCAACAUCAAUUCUAUGGUUCAAAUGGGUUCAAUUGCGGGUGCAAUUAUUGCAAUGUAUGUUGUUGAUAAAAUUGGUAGAGUUCUUGCUUUGAGAGAAUUUUGUAUAAUUUGGGCUACGGGUGCUAUUAUUCAAAUGACUUCAAAAAGUCUUGGUCAAUUAUAUGCUGGUAGAUUUAUUGAAGGUUUAGCUAUUGGUCAAUCAACUACCAUUGGUCCUUCUUAUAUGGCCGAAGUUGCUCCUCCGCUUAGAAGAGGUCUUUUCGGUUGUAUGUUUAGUGGUGCUGUUUAUAUGGGUAUCCUUUUGUCAUAUGCUGCUAAUUAUGGUACCGCUAAAAAUAUUUCAGGAACUUCAAAUACUCAAUGGAUGAUUCCUAUUAGUCUUAAAGUUAUCUUGGCUACAUUGGCUUUUAUUGGUUCUUUCUUCUGCCAUGAAAGUCCAAGAUGGUUAUUCAAACAUGGUCAUGAUGAAAAAGCUAUGAUUAAUUUAUGUAAAAUUAGACAUUUAUCACCAGAUCAUCCAUAUAUUUUAAGUGAAGUUUCAGAUAUUAGUGAACAAAUUGCUACUGAAAGAGCUGCUACUGAAGGGGUCUCUAUAUUUAAUAAAUUCAAGGAUCUUGUCACCGUUAAAUCUAUUAGAUAUCGUUUCUUCGUUAUUGGAUGUUUAUCACAAAUAUUAGGUCAAUGGUCUGGAGCUAAUUCUAUUACGAUUUACGCUGGUGAUUUAUUUUCAUUUAUUGGUCUUAAAGGUCUUGAAGUUAUGAAAAUGACUAUGAUUUUAGGAGUAGUUAAAUUAUGUGGGGCUUAUUUUGGUGCUUUCUUCGUUAUUGAUUUCUUAGGUAGAAGAAGGGCUUUAUACAUUGGUAUAACCUUACAAUUAGUUUCCCUUUUAUAUUUUGCAAUCUUUUUACAAGUCGAUCCUCAUGCCAUUGAAAAAGGAGCAAUAUUAUCAACUUCUCAAGAAAAUGCUGGUAAAGCAGCCAUGGCAGCCAUCUAUUUAUCAGGAGUGGGUUGGGUUCUUGGAUUUAAUAGUAUUCAAUAUUUAUUAGGUUCCGAAAUCUUCCCUUUGAAACAUCGUUCUUUCUGUCAAUCUCUUAUUAUGGUGUUACAUUUUGCUAAUCAAUAUGGUAACUCAAAAGCUGUUCCACUGAUGUUAAUUGGAUUAAAAAAAUAUGGAACCUUCUACUUUUUCGUCGGAGUUUGUGUUUGUUCACUUUUAUGGUGUUGGUUCUUUGUUCCUGAAGUCACCGGUAGAAGUUUGGAAUCAAUGGAAGAUGUGUUUAAUUUACCUUGGUAUUUAAUUGGUAGAAGAGGUGCUGAAUUAUGUCCUGAUCAUUCCGCUCUUAAUAGAAUCAUGCACUCUGAUGAAAUCGAAGGAGGCCUUGAUGAUAUCGAAAAGAGUCAUCAACAUUAUAUUGAAGAUGCUGGGGUUAGUAGAGAUGAUUCAUCUGAAGAAAAGGUUAAUAAUAAACCUUAA